AUGCACCACCUUCGGGAUUCUCUACUAGGCUCUGUGCCUAAGGACUCUUCUAGUCUAUCAACGGGCGACUUUGUUCUCAGAGACCAGGAAGAUACGCGCCAGUCGGUCGCCCGGGGUGAAUUCGAACAGGUUCGAGAGACUGCCUUCGGGAACCGGACCUGGGCCAUCACCAGCCGAUACUGCAGCGUUGCAGAUGGCGUGGACACUCUUGAAGACUAUAUUCAUCCCCUGUGGUAUAUGUACUACGAACUUGGUCGAAGCAUCUCAUGCGAGGCACCGGAGCAUGAGGGCAUAGUCCUCGAUAUCCUCCGCAUUCAAGGAAUGGGGCCGUUGACUAGACCCUCACCGGGGGGCAGGGGCAUUGAUAUCGCAAGAACCGUCGAUGGGGCACUGUGGACUGAUCUUCCUUUCUUUGCCGGUGAUAUGGUCAAUUUGUGGUCCAUUAAUCGCGCUACCAUGUCAGGAGCACAUCGUCUCAACUUUGCUACUUUCUUGGCUAAGCUUGCAUCCGCUCGUGUCGCUAAAGAUCGGUUGUGUCAAGUUGCUCUCCUGAUCUUCCGUGAUCUCUUUGAGAUUGGCCGAGACCUUCGUACGGGGGAACAGACAGACGAUGAAGACCUACACCGAGGUACUAGAAACCUUGAAGUAUUUCAUCUGCUACCAGCUGCUGUUGCUUGGCUGAGAGAAGCCAGUCACAAUGUUGUUCUGCUAUCUGAUUUGUAUUGGAAUGACUGCCCCAGCGAUGUUAGCAAGGGUGGGAGAGACUUCCUUGAAUCCGAGCUCGGGCAGCGAUCACCUGCCGGAUUCUCGCCAUGGAGAUACAUGUUCUGGUUGAAACGACUUGCUCAGAUCCAGGAAGAAGCUAAAGAGGCCAACGAGAAAGCCCUGGAAAGUCUUGCCGAAGAUGGCUGCGAGUACAUGGUGAACAUGGUCCGAGACAAGAAUUCUGAGAUCAUCAGAGCAUACAAGAAUGGUGGUGAUUCCCUUCGUCAAGAUAAGCAUCUUUCGUGUUUGAGGGAACUUGCAUAUCCCGAGGAUUCAGAGGAGUAG